AUGGACUCGCCGCAGGUCUACGAGCCACUCGAGCCAACGCUCAAAUCGGGAUGGCUGGAGAAGCGGCCGUCCGACGCGCUCCGCCGCUCGCUCCCGCUCUCGGGCUGGCGGCGGCGCUGGUUCGACCUCACGCCAUCGCAGCUGAUUUGGCGGACCGGCCCUGGGCAGGAGGGAAAGGGCUCGCUCCCGCUGGCGCAGGCGUCGGUCCACGCGCCGUGCGCCUCGCUCCGCUCGACGCUUGACGGCGAGAUUGCCGUCGAGCUCCUGCUGUGGCCGUCCGGCUCCGACGGCGAUCCGCUCCUCUUUAGCCUCACAGACUGCCAGGCGUCCGUGACGCUGCCCCUGCGCGCGGCGUCGGCGGAUGAGGCGCAUGAGUGGGCGAGCGCGCUUGCGUGCGCCGCCCGGCUCGCAAGCGAGGAGGCGUCGCCCUACCUGCCCUUCGAGGCGGGAGGCGGGCGGGCGUCCACGCGCAGCAGCAGCCUGCACACGCCCCACUCUGCCGGCAGUCCCUGCCGGCGGCAAGGCGCGGCCGCCUUCGAGGCGGCGCUCGAGGCGGUCUUCACGAGCGACUCGCCCGACUCCUCCCGCCGACUCCGACAUGUGUAUGUGCAGCCGCCGGAGGCGGACGUCUCGCAAGUGGCGGAUGGCGACCCCGUGCAGGAGAUCGCGGCGGGUUGCGGGACAAUGCAGGAGGUUGUGCUCGCCAUCGGCCUCGAGGUCUUCAAGGCGUCCGUCGACCGCAGGAUCGCCGAUGUCGUUCCGCCGUCUGCUGCGCUUGCGGCGGCUUGUGUCGCCGAAUCACUGUAG